AGUUUUGGUAAAUAUUAGAGUGGGAAAGUGCUAUCAUGAAGAGGGAUAGAUGUCAGCUUUAGGUGAAAAGCCAAACACUUUGACCUACACUAUGCAUUCUAUGAAACCUUAAAGAAAAUGGCCACGCCUACUUCCUGGGCACAGGAGGUCAUCACUUGUGACCUUUGUGAUAAUCCCACUCAGCAAUUCUGUAACAACUGUCAGAUCAAACUGUGUGUGGAUUGUGUCAAUAAACAUAUCCAGAAGUUGAAGAAUCUAACCCAUGACAUCGUUCCGUUCAAAAAUAAACAGAUACGGCUAGUUUUUUCUGAGUGUAAGCUUCACUGUAACCAGAAAUGUGAGGCACAUUGCCGGCAGUGCGAUGUACCAGUGUGCAUGACGUGUGUCCUUGGCCCACAUAAAGGUCAUAAUGCGAUAGAAAUGUUGAAAAUCGUCAAGAACAGAAAAGAAAGAAUUAAGAAAGACACACGUGAGAUGGAAACUGUCCUGAUUCCAAAGUAUAGAACUAAAAAUGCCGAAACGGAAAGUGAAAUAUCCGAAACAACCACCAGAUACGAAGAGUUAGAGAAAUCAACUGAAAAGCUGAGAGCAGUGUGGCAUCAAGAAGUGGAUUUCAUUUUCAACAAGCUCCGUUCAUUAAUCAAGCUGACUAAGGAUAACCACGUCUCUCCGUUAAAAACCAACCACUCCAAAUUAGGAAGUUUUAUUUCAGAUAUGAUCCAAACGGUUGAAGAAAACAAAGGAAUAAUCGAAUCCAAUAACGUUUCAGAAGUCAUGAACUACAAAUGGAAAAUAAUGGAGUACAGUAAUAUUCCAAAAGACAUUCAGAGGAAAAUACCUUCUCUUAAAACAAACACUAUUCACGGCAAAGAACUGAAGAUAGAAAUAGGAAAAUACAAGGCUAAAUUAUCACAGAUAUCGCCAUCUAAUAUGAAUGACGAUUUCUCCAAACUGCUGUUAAGAGAGCCGUUGAGCAAUGCCAUCGUGGUUGCCACUAUUCCUACUGGAUAUAAGCCUCUCUACAGAGUGACCUGUGUGGAAAAAGAUGAAGUGUGGGUUAGCGGAAAAAGUAAAACUAUAGGCCGAGUUCAGAUAGGUGGAAUUGAGAAGGAAAUUGUUACUAUACCAUGUUUAACAUGGCCUAGUGACAUCUCAGUAACCAGAGAAGGCGACUUAAUAUAUACUGAUAGUUACAACAGAUCCGUGAACAUCGUCCGAGACGGGAAGACAGAGACACUGAUCACCACACAGCAGGACUGGUAUCCAGAAGGACUGUGCUGUACCAGAUCAGGGGACAUCCUGGUCAGUAUGUCAACCACUGAUUUUAGCCAUUGCAAAAUUGUCCGUUAUCAGGGUCGAAAGGUGCAACAGGAAAUAGAGAAAAAUGACGAUGGAAAGUCAAUCUAUAGAGGAGGUGAAAAUAUGCUGUUUGUUGAGGAGAAUAACAAUGGUGACAUUUGUGCCUCUGACAUCAAUUCUAAGACGGUGGUUGUGGUGGACAAAUCGGGGAAAGUUCAAUUUCAAUACGACGGCACGUCAGCCAGGAGGAAGGAAUCAUUUAGUCCGAUGCAGAUAGUGACGGACUCCAUGGGACAGAUUAUUGUGGCAGAUUACAACAAUGACUGUUUACAUGUCUUGGAUCAGAACGGACAAUUUCUUCUAUGUGUGGACAAUUGUGGAUUAGAUAAACCUUUCGGGCUGAGUAUCGAUAGUGUUGGGCGAUUGUGGGUAGGACUUGCUGAAUCGGGAGAACUGAAAUUAGUUCAGUUCAAAGCAUCAGCUGGAAAAUAGAAUUAACAGAUAUCACACAAUGACAUAUAGAAUGAAUUUUAGAAUAUAUGUUUAUUUAUGCUAUACUGACAUGCAAAAGAAACGCAAAUCCCAUUUUCGGUUAAUUUUCUUUUACUAUUUCAUCCGAAUAGAUAGUUUAAUUGUUACAACUGAUAAAAGUUACUCAUCUAUUCUAUUGAAUAAGAUAACGAACUUUGCCAAAAAAGAUCAAGGCUAAAGAAUUGAAAGCAUUGAAAAUUUCCUACUGCGAAAACAAUACCGGCUAUGCCCCAAAUAGCAUUUGUUGGUGCUCGAAUUUUUCGAUGGAUAGUCUGUUGGAAUUCCCAUGGGCACGAAUUGUGCGCCUUUGUUAGCUGACCUGUUUUUAUAUUCAUAUGAAGCAGAAUUUAUUCAAAAACUUCUACGUGAGAAGAAAAAAUCUCUCGCUGUGACCUUCAAUUCGACUUUUAGAUAUAUCGAUGACGUUUUGUCUAUUAAGAAUGAUAGCUUUUUCAUUCAUAUGUCGAUUUGAUAUAUCCUUGCGAACUCGAAAUAAAUGACACCACAGAGUCGUCCACUUCUGCUUCAUACUUAGAUAUUUUAUUGAAAGUAGACAUUAACGACAAACUGACAACUCAACUGUAUGACAAACGGGAUGAUUUCAGCUUCUCCAUCGUCAACUGCCCACAUUUAUGUAGCAAUAUUCCAUUAUCACCUGCAUAUGGUGUUUAUAUAUCUCAACUAAUUCGAUAUGCAAGAGCUUGUUCUGGGUAUAGUCAGUUUUUAAAUCGAGGUAAGCUACUGAUAAACAAGUUGAUGGUACAGGGAUUUCAACAGUCUCGAUUGAAGUCAGCAUUUCGCAAAUUCUAUGGUCGUUAUAACGAUCUAGUUCGUCAAUACAACCUCGCAUUGGGUCAAAUGCUGUCUGACGUGUUUCAUACCGAUUGUUAAGCCGUUCUAUUUUAUGUAUAUAUUUUAUAUUAUGUUAUCUAUUUUUCUAUUCUCUCAUUUAUCUGUCUGUGAAUAUGUUUUAUACAGGACCACAAUGUAAAUUAGUCAUUUGUACUAAUUGUGCUAUUCUGUCGAAAUAAAAGAAUUUAUUAUUA